AUGAACCAACGCUUCUAUCCUCGCGACAAGCUGAAGGAAAUCCUCACCCGAGACCGAGUCCGCCAAGCGCUCAACUGCUCUUGUGACCAUUGCGAGCAACAACGGCGAGAUCUUAGGUCGGUUGACCAACCCCUUGACUACGUCGACUCGAUCCUCGAUGCCAGGUUUCCCGCAAUAUCUCUCUUUGCCCUGUUAAUAUUCAUCCGAGCGACCCCAUUUGUCGUCGGCUUUCUGGUUCGGCAGGUUCACGACCAAUCUAUAUGCAAUCUAUCGGGGGAUUUUCUUGAGGUCAAUAUUGGAGAAAAGUACUGGAGCUACUUCCACAGGAGGAGGAGAGAGGAGUCUGAAUCCCUAGAGGAUGAGUUUCGGAACCACUUGUUUCAGUUCGCCGUCCCGACUUUUACUAGUCGACAGUAUCACGUUUUCCACGAGCAGGCAAUAUUGCCAUUCGUCGAGCAGCUUCAGCUCGGCAGAAUCGACGAGGAUGGCAGGGUGGUGAACGAGGGCGCCUAUGGCACAGUCUACGCCUGCAAGAUCUGGCCAGCUUACAAUGCUCUUCCUAAUUCGGAAGGAAUUGAAUGGUUCGCCCGGAAGGAAUUGGAUGUACCAACUCGACUAUUCAGUGUGGAGAAGCAAAACCUGGAAAUGGCAAACAGACUCGGGGAUCCUCACAUUGUCAAAAUCAUCAAGACAUACAAGCACGGCAACAAGUACAACAUAAUCUUCCCUCGGUCAAGAACAAAUCUGCGCUAUUAUCUCCGAGAAGAACAGUUUGUGAAUCCAAUACGCCCGUUAGAGGCAAAUCCACUCUGGCAACAAGUUCUUGGAGUAGCCAAGGCCCUGGACGAUAUCAUUAAUUUCGGCGUCAAUAAACCAUCUGCCAGCGAUCGGGAAUAUUACGGUUUCCACUUUGAUCUAAAGCCGGAAAAUAUUCUAGUGGAAAACGAUGGUACCUUUCUCAUUUCUGACUUUGGUCAGGCCACAUUCGUGGAGCGUGGCGGUUCCUCGCGAGUGGAUGGCCAUGGAGGAACUGAGGCCUAUGCGCCGCCAGAAAUCGAUAAUCUCAACGAGCGCCAGACUAGCAAAUAUGAUGUUUGGUCACUUGGAUGUAUUUUUAUCGAGAUUGUGACUGUCAUGGUCCUCGGCUCUAGGUAUCUUGAUGAAUUCGAUAGACUCAGAAUAACAACGGCGGGAAAUAUGACCAAUGAUCGCUUUUUCGAGAUCGAUCCAAUGUUCAUCGGCCCAGAAAGGGGUUAUAGAGUGAAAAGUGUCAUCUUAGCAUGGUUUGAGCGCUUGUUGAAAAGGGUUGACCCUCAGAGAAGUAAGGACUUUUUGGAAAAAAUCGUCGAUCUAAUUAAGGACAUGCUCGCUACUGAUACCAACAGCAGAGUUCCAUCUACUGAAGUGGUCAGACGUCUUGAUGAUAUUCUUCAACAAUAUCAAGAGAACCAUGUCGUUCACAUUGAAACGCCACGGUCAAGAAAGGGGGAACUUACUGUCGGUGCCUCGAAUCUUGGAGAAGUCAAUCUUACGGUAUAUUUGGAGUUUGGAGAUUCCCUUCCGUAUACCGGCGGAGAAUUGAUAUACCUAGAUGAGAUGUACUACAGACCAGAGCUGCUCGCCACUAUACUUUUCUCCGGAUUUUUCAUCUGUUUCGGAACAUCGGUAUCCAAUUCGAUAGCUUUUGCAAGGUAUGUUCUGCUCGCUGCCGAAUCCCAUAUACAAAAAUUAGGCGAUCUAGACGGAAGAUUGGUCGGAUACGUUGCUAUCACAAUCAAUGUCGUUACCUGUCUACUUCUUUACUUCUCAAACGGUUUGGCCCUUGCCCUCAAUCGUUUGAGUGCUCUUUACAAAAUCGGCCUACUACUGUCUGUCUUCAUUGCGGGAGCUGUAGCAAGCAAACAACAAGAUUCUGGUACCCAUGAUUUUGAGACCACAUACAGUUCAGACUCAACGAAAACUCUGUCUGCUCUUGUCUACAUAUUGUUCGCAUAUCAAGGAUGGGAAAAUGCCAACUAUGUCGCAGGAGAAAUCAAGGCGCCGAGAAAGACCCUUCGCAAUGGUGCCUAUCUGGCGGUAUUUAUAGUCACGACGUUAUACAUUCUCGUGACUAUCGGUCUUUACCUCGCUUGUAACUAUGCUAGUGCAACAGAUGACACAGCCAGUCUUGGUCCUACCAUUGACAUGGCAAACAGAGUAUUCGGGGGUAGCCUAGCCAUGAAAAUUGCAAUCGCACUUUCUGCAUUUGGCAACAUGAUUGCUGUAACAUUCACAUCAUCAAAAGUGAAGCAAGCUAUAGCAGCUCAGAAGAUCAUUCCCUUCUAUCAAUUCAUCCUCAAAAAUGAUAGACGUUUUGGAACACCUGCUGGUGCUUUGGUCCUGCAUUGCAUAUUUACAACAUUAAUGAUUAUUGUCACGAUGGUCGUCCAUCCCGAUGGAUACAAUCUUGUGCUCGCUGUAUUCACAUAUGGACAUACAAUUGUUGCAACAUUAGUCGGAGCCAGCGCAUUCUGGAUCACAAAACGACUUGGCAGCAGACCACAAGGCUGGAAACCAGCGUACAUCAAAAACUCCUUUCUUCGUCUGAUCCUCGCUACGCUUUUCAUUGGCCUGAAUAUCCUGAUUCUAGUCGAAGGUGCACAACUACACACUCCCGGCGAUAUUCCACGGUAUUGGUGGCCUGCUAUAUCUGGGAUUAUCGUCACUGCAUCCUUUGCUUAUUGGUGUGGAUUGCGAGUUUUAAUGCUACCGAAUCCGUUCGCUUCAGGCCUGGGGUUGAAACCCAGAAAUGAUAACGCCAGGGGAGUUAGUUCUUCAGAGGAACUACCGGGAGAAACAAUCGGUCAAGCCCUUUUCGGGGUAAAUAUCAAUAUUAUCUAUGAAGACAGUUCUGAAUAUUACCGAGACGACGCCGAGUAUUCUACCCUUGGCUUCAUAGAUGGAUCGAGAAGGAGGAUUUUGUACACUGUCGAUGAAGCUGGAUUGUACGCUACUGUCGGUGCCUUAUUCAAGACGAUUGGUGGUUUUUUCGCGAAUUACCUCUGA